AUGCAGCGGCACGUGGCGCGGCGCCAAUGCAUCGCGCAGCUCGGCAUGGUUCAGCGUGCGCUCCAGCAGCCGCAGGCGACGCUCAAUGCCGAAGUGCGGCCGCGGCGCCGCGUGCUCCACGUCCCAGUGUCUAUUGAGUGGCAGCCGCAUCACAAAGACGCCACUCGCCGUUUGUGUGACACUUCCGCGAGAUGCUGUCACGUGCACCGUGUACAUUUGGUGUGGGAGCACCUCAAAAAAACUGCAGUUUGCAUGAUGCCGCAGAAGCGCGCCAGAUGUAUCUGUCUCCGCCGCAAUGUAAAACGACUCGUCAAGGACAACAGCAUUAUUGUUAUUGUUGCUGUUGGUAGUCUUGGUUUCUGUCACCACCCAGUGAACCGCCGUCGCCGGCAGCAGCGGAGGAGAGAGGGCAAACGACACCGCCCAUGCGCCCCCGCGCAGCUGCACGAUAUUAUUAAUACUAUUAUUGUUCUUGGCCUCUGGGGGUUUGCGUGGCAGCACGCCGCAGUGCGGGCCCAGUCCGAGAAUAGAGACCGGCGGGAGUGUGUCGGGCCGCACACGCAGAAGCGGCAUCACCAGCAGCGUGUGCGGACACUUGCACUUAAUUGCGAGGUUGGCGAUUUUCAGCUGGAUCUCGGCGACGUGGUCGCCCGCCGUGACGUCGAGUGGGACACGGUAAAUGCCCUUGCCCACUGCGCCAGACACGAGCACAAUGACGUCGCCGUCACCGUCGUUGCGCUGCUGCACAUCCUCCGCCGUCAGCACAUACAUGGCGUCGUAGCGGCGCUGCUGCGCCGUGUCGAGAAUGACGGCUCCCUCUCGGGGGAACAUGCGGCGCUUCUCCUCCGCCGUCAGUACCUGAAACGGCGUCGCCUGCAGCAGAACCUGCAGGAAUGCGUCGUACAGGGCCUCAUCCCGCAGCAGCGCUCCAUUGUACUUGUAUCCACAGCAGAGGCUCAUCUUCAACGUUAA